GCUGUCUGGAGACCUGCUGCCAUUGAAGAGCUCAGUGUGUCUCUACUGAGUGUGUGACAGCGCUCCAGCUCCAAUUCCAUAACCAAAUCCCUUGGGACCAAAGUUUUUGCCAUAACAGGCUGUUGGAAAGAAAGAAAAGACAAAUGCAGCCUGAAUGGAUCAACACGGGUCAUCCUGCCUGGCUUCACCACUCUGGACCAGCAACGAAAACAGGCAAGACGAUCAAUGAGGAGCAGAAAAAAGAAGGUAGACACUUGGACAUGAGAUGAGUGUUGUGGUGUGAAGAUGACGCCAGGGCGAAGGACGUUAACAGAAGCUUCCUGUCUCGAUGAAUGGAGAGGCAGUGCCGACCAAUGGGAGGAGAGCGGUGAGGAUGCAACAGUGAUCCAGGAAAAAACAGCCCCAUUGUUUCUGGGACGUCGGAGAAGUGCGACCACCAUCCUGAAGGCUCUGGCUGCUCGGCCUAACGGCGCACUGAAGGAGCCGGCGCCCCGUUGACAGGUCAGUAUGAGUGGGGGAGUCAAUGUGAAGUCGGCCCCCCGGGCUCCUCCCGCAUCAGGAAUCCCCCUCCCACACAGCCUGUUGCCCUCCUCCCCCAAAACAGACACCUGCCGCCGGGCUAGUGACCUGCCCAGGCCCUCAAUACUUACUCCAAAACACACACCCACACACACUCCCACACACACGCCCAUACACUCUCCGUUACUUUGCCCGCGGAGCUCCAGCAUCCCCGGGCCGUCCUCCAGGGACCCGAAGAGAGACGCAGGCUUCAAGAGUCAGCUCUUCCAGCGGAUGGGAACUCUACCUGCUCCCCAGGUGUCACGCUCUGCCUACAGCAGCCCGUUAACCCAGCGCAGGGUAGCUCCGCCGCCGCACUCCAAAGACACACUGGAUCUGGGGAAACCCGCCCAGUCUCACAUCCCCUCGCAGUUUCCACAUGAUGGCAAUCGAAACAGAAACACCCUCGCCAAUAAGAACCAAACAUGGGGAAGCAGCAACCUGCGUCCACCGCUCCAGUUCAGAAGAGGAGACAACUCCAACACCGUAUCCCAGGCAACGAGUGAGGUCACGCCACGAAGAGAGGAAGAGUCCACCGUAUCGAACAAUGGUCACCUUCGCCCCUCUCAAGUUUAUGAUAAUAACCCUGGUUACGAGCACGCCAUCAGGGGCGGCAGUGACUCCACCAGCCAAUCAGACGAGGAGAUGGACACCCCUGAGGACAGCAGUCCGGCCUCCUCUCCUUGUCCCCUGCCGCUGCCUCCGAUCACAUUCACCAUGCCAUUAAUGUCCAGGAUGGCCGUUGAUAGGCUGGAUCAAAGCCUGGACGAGGAGACGCACACACCCAGAGUCAACAUGGCCACUGUGGCUCCCUUCAGCUACAGGCUGCACGCGCAGGAGAGCGACUUUUCAGUGGAUGAACUGAGUGACUGCUCAUCUGGAUCCAUAGAAGUCUGCUGUGAUGACCUGACACUAGGAGGGAUGCUGGAGGCUAAUGUGGCUAACAUUAGCAUGACGGCCAAGCCCAGAGAGCUGGACCUGAGGUCUGCUGCUGCUGUCUCCUGCCAGGACACUUCAGCCCAGGCCAUGGCCUCUAGGAAGCCCCCGGCCAAGCCCUCCGCUCUGCCCCAGGGACCGUCACGUCCCUCCGGGUCAGAGCUCAAGGUCUACCGGCCGUCCUCUGGAUCUAUCCCCAUCCCGAGCCCCAAUCCGUCCAGGCUCCGCAAGCAGCGGUCGCUCAACAACUUGUGUGUGCUCACUGAUGCUGAGAAGAAGCUGCACCUGUACCAGUCUCCCCGCUGGACCGAUGAUGCGAGCCGGCCUGGCACAGGCACCAACAAGCCGGGCCAGACUAAGACGGUUCAGGCCGGUGUCGGCAAACCACCACUUUCCCGGACUCUUUCAAAGUCAGAACAGUCUCUUUUCCAGGGGAAGCCCAAACCUUUCUGCUCCCCGCCUGUGACUUCUAACGGCGGCAAACCCAGCCGAAUCCCCGCCCCCGGUAAACCGCGGGGACCUUAUGCUGAGGUCAAGCCCAUCAGCAAGGCCUCCGAAGCAUGCCAGAAUGCAGACACCGCAGACCACCCAACUAAGGCCAACUCCAAUGGAGCUGGGAAUACUGGGACUAAUGGCAAGAAACAAGGGGAGAAGGGGAGAACUGCAUCUCUGUCAACAGAGGAGAAGAAAGAGAGGAAGGGGAUAGAGGGAGAAGAUGACAAGAGCUUUCUGAAGGUGGACCCAGAGUUAGUGGUGACGGUUCUGGGAGACCUGGAACAACUGCUCUUCAGCCAAAUGCUUGACCCGGAGUCCCAAAGGAAGAGGACCGUGCAAAAUGUUCUGGACCUUCGACAGAACCUGGAGGAAACCAUGACCAGCCUGAGAGGCGUGCAGCUCAGCCACAGCUGCGUGGACGGGACCAUGUGCUACGACAGCGAUGAAGCUGCUGCGUUCUCAAUUUCCAGUCUAUCAAAUCGCUCCUCACCGUUGUCGUGGCGUCAGGGUCAAGCGAGCCCCCGUCUGCAGGCCGGCGAAGCUCCGUCCACCGGUAACACCCAUUUAGACGUCCCACUCCGGAUCAGCCACAACGCUCGUAUCCAACUCAUCGAAGCGCUGGACGCCUCGGACCCGUCCCUUCUGAAGGGAGAUUACCUCAGCAACAGCGACCUCGGCAGGAAGAGCUCAAACGAGGAUGAUGAAGAUGAUGAUGAUAUUGAUGAUCUGGGGAAUGGCUGGGAUGAGAGCAGUUCCAUCAGCAGCGGUCUGAGUGACGGCUCAGAUAACCUCAGCUCUGAAGAGUUCAACACCAGUCCCACUCUCAACUCCCUCCCCACCACUCCCAUCGGCUCCCGCAGAAACUCAACCAUAGUGAUGCGUACGGAUGCAGAGAAGAGAUCUCUGGUGGAGAGCGGUCUGUCCUGGGACAGUGAUGACACCAAACCCAGCCACAAGAGCCAGGGCGGCGGCGUCUACGACACAGGAAGUCUCAAGUCCGAAUCGGCCCAUAAAUGGAAAAAGACGCGGACGCAGGGGUUGGGGCUGGAAGGUGGGAAGGGCGAACUGAAGAAACCUCAGACCCUGGGUCACGGAAACAUGUUGAAGAAAGGAAGAAACCCACCUGUGGGAGUCACUUCCCCAAUCACACACACCACUCAGAGUGGGCUGAAAGUGGCAGGUACUGUGAAAUCAGAUGGGAAGCCAAUGGAUAAAUCUCGGUUAGCAGUGAAGACCUCUAGCCUUCAGCGCUCCUCUUCUGAUGCCAGUAAAGACCACAGAAAUGGCACCGGUGCUGGUGAGCAACGUAAACCUCCGUCCGGCCUCGUCAGGCCAUCAACUGGUGGAAGUUUUGGUUUCAAGAAGCCUACCGCAGCUACCAAUAACGGCACAAACAACGCCAGUUUGCCCAUACCCUGCGCUUCUGCAACAGCGGGGAAGAUUCCCAAAACGUCGGGUAUUCCUGUCAAACCAGGGGCUGGUGGCGGCGGUGGUGGUGGUGGUGGUGGUGGUGGUGGUGGAGGAGGAGGACGUAAGACAAGUCUAGAUGUUUCAAGCAUCGAGCAGAGUGGUUUUCUAUCUCCAAAUGCCAGGACGUCUCUCCAGUACCGCUCUCUGCCUCGUCCAGCAAAGACAAGCACCCUGACUCUAACGCGGCCAAGCUCAGCUCGCCCAAUGAGCACCACCAUGGACACAGGCUCCGGGCUGAUGAAACCGCCCCAGGGCUCGAGGCUCAAAGAACCCGCCUCUGGGAUCGGUUCUGGGUUGAGUAAGGCAGGUGGUCGUGGGAUCCCGAGUCCCAGUCCUGUCAAUCAGACAGACAGGGAGAAAGAGAAAGAGAGGGCCAAAGCCAAAGCUGUGGGAUCUGACUCUGAGUGUGGAGGAGGGUCUCUGAAGGGCAGCCCUGCUCAGACCCCCUCAGAGAACGGAGGGAAGCUGCAGGGGCUCAGACCUCCCAGCAGUGGCAAGGGCAUGGAUCUGCCCUCACCUAGCACACACAGGUUAUCUGGAAUGCGCAGCCUGGUGAAGCCUCCGUCCAUGGCCCAGCUUGACAAGCUGAACUCAAACAGCCUAGAUGUGGGAGUUCAGGACUCCCUGCCGCCUAAGAUUCCUCCCUACUCUAAGCUCCAGGACCUGGUCAGCUCAGCAGGCAGCUCCACUGGCCCCUGCCUGACCCCCAGCCCUGCCCCUCUACUCAAUGUGAACUCUUCGGCCUGCUUCUCAAGCUCAGGGACCGGGUUGGGCCCCAGGCAGGUCUCCUCUCUCGGGGUUCAAGGGAGCGGAGGGAGCACCUCUCCCCUGCUCUACCCUCGUCUGUCUGGGCUGCAUCGCAGCAUGGAGUCGCUGCCGCUGCAUAUGAGUCUGGCCCCAGAGCCCCAGGAGAGGGAAAAGGCGAGAGAGAGUCUGGUGAGGGGAUACACCACCUUAGAGUCCCGACACAAAGAUAAACAGGAAGACAGAGGCCCUCCGGCCAGCUGGAGCUCUGGAAGUAGAGUCUCAUUGGGUCUCACAGACAGUUCUCAGAGAGACAGAAACACGCUGCCAAAGAAAGGUUUAAGUUUCAGCAGUGCCUCGCAGGUUGAGGAGGAAGGGAAGGAGAAAGGAGACAGGAGACACUCUCAUACUAUCCUCAGUAUGACCGACUCGCUCACUCUUCCACUGCUGUCCUCACCCACCUCCCUGCCCCGCACCUCUAAGACCAGCAUGGUACCCAGCCCUGUCAGCGGACCUCCGAGGAUGACUCGAUCCAACAGCAUCCCGACACAAGACGCCUCUCUGGAGCUGUACGGAGCGUCUCCGCUGGGCAGCACGCUUUCGCUGGCCGAACGCCCCCGCAGCAUGGGAAUGGUUCGCUCCGGAUCCUUCAGGGACAAGGAACCCGACGAGGUUUCAGUUCAUGGGUCUGUACUCUCCCUGGCGUCCAACGCCUCGUCAAGCUACUCCUCGGUGAGUGUGGGCGGCAUACAGACUCAGGCUGAGGAAAGGAUUCAGGGAGAGCAAAUCCGUAAGCUGAGGAGGGAGCUGGAAUCGUCGCAGGAGAAGGUGUCUAACCUGACGACACAGCUGACGGCAAACGCAAAUCUGGUGGCCGCCUUCGAGCAAAGUUUGAAUCUGAUGACAACUCGGCUGCAGAGUCUGUCAAUAAGCCAGGAACAGAAGGACUCAGAGCUGCUGGAUCUGAGGGAGACCAUCGAGGCUCUGAAGGACAGGAAUGAUGAAGCCCAGGCCGUGAUACAAGGAGCCUUAAACAACCCAGAUAAUAUGAAAGAUUCCAUGCAGAUUCGACGUCAGAACUCAUGUGAGAGCAUCUCCAGUCUCAACAGCCUCACCAGUAUGUCGAGUAUGGGCAGCUUGAAGGACCAAGAUGCCAAGAAGAAGAAGAAAAAGAGCUGGGUCUUUGAGCUGAGGAGCUCCUUCAACAAGGCAUUCAGCAUCAAGAAAGGCGCCAAAACGUACUCAGACAUUGAGGAGAUCGCCACCCCCGACUCCUCAGCUCCCAACUCCCCAAAGAUGCUCCACGAGGGGGGAGAAGAAGAAGAAAUCCAGCCCUUAUCCCUUAAAACAUCGGCCUCCGCCACCUCUUCUGUGAUCAUGGAGACUACAGAAGAGGGAGACAACGAGGACACGUCGGUAACAGACUUACGCUCAGAACUUUGGGUGAAAGAGAGAGAACUGACAGACAUCCGACUGGAGGCCUUAAGCUCCGCACAUCAUCUGGAGCAGCUCCGAGAAGCCAUGAACAGCAUGCAGUCAACGGUGGAGAACCUGAAGGCGGAGAAUGACCAUUUGAAAACAGGCACCGGUCCCACCUCGUCCACCUCCCAGCCUUCAGGCCUGGCCUCUCUCCUGGGGCCCUCACUGAGGCAGCCGAUGUCCCUCACCAAGUCCUUCAGCCUCAGUCUGAAUGAUUGUAAAGAUCCAGACGUAUCUUCAGUUGACACGUUAAGUGUGUCUUCCCAGCGGGAUGAGGUGUGUGCACGAGUGCUUGUCCGCAUUGGAGAUCAAGCAGAGGACAGUAAGCAGCAGGAGUUCUAUCUGGGCUCAGUGCCGGUCGGUGUGAGAACCGACUGGUCCUGUCUCGACUCGCUUAUAGCUAAGACAUUCAAGGACUACCUGACUCAAGUGGACCCGACUGCCAGCCUGGGUCUGUCCUGUGAUUCGCUGCACAUGUACCAGCUGACCCAGGGAGGGCAGAGGGUGAUAGGAGGGGAUAAACCUCAAGCAUCACCUUUUCGUUGUCUCAGCAGUGGUUCAGCUCGAAUACUCGUCACUUUGAAAGGUCUCAGAGAAAAAUGUGUUGACUCGCUGGUGUUUGAGACACUGAUACCGAAGCCGAUGAUGCUGCACUACAUCAGCUUGCUGCUGAAACACAGGCGUCUGGUUCUGUCAGGGCCCAGCGGGACAGGAAAGACUUACCUGGCUCAGCGUCUGGCCCACUACCUCCUGCAGCGCAGCCGGACCGACUCGUCCGAGGCCGACCACGAGACCUGUCUCCUCGGUCGCAGCGCCGCUGUCACCUUCAACAUGCAUCGUCAAUCACAGAAGGAGUUGCAGUUGUAUCUGUCCGAUCUAGCAAAUCAGAUAGACAGAGAGAGCGGAGGAGAAAUGCCGCUGGUUGUUAUUAUAGAUGACAUUAGUGAUUCAGCAUCCCUCACUGAGCUUGUUAACGGAGCACUCACCUGCAAGUACCACAAAUGUCCUUACAUCAUUGGGACGACCAAUCAGCCUGUGAAGAUGUCAUCUAACCACAGUCUUCACCUUAGCUUCAGGAUGGUAAUGUUCUCCAACAACGUGGAACCGGCUAACGGGUUCCUGCUGAGGUACCUGCACCGUAAAUCUGUGGAAUCCUACCAGGAGAAGGAGCAGGACUCCGCACGUCACCAGGCUCUCCUGCGCGUAUUAGACUGGAUCCCUCAGCUCUGGUACCACCUCCACACUUUCCUGGAGAAACACGGCACUUCGGACUUCCUCAUAGGUCCCUGCUUCUUCCUAUCAUGCCCAGUAUCAGUGGCAGAGUUCAGGCAGUGGUUCAUUGACCUGUGGAACCACUCCAUCAUACCAUACCUGCAGGAGGGAGCCAAAGACGGCAUCAAGGUGCACGGGCAGAAGGCAGUAUGGGAGGAUCCAGUGGAGUGGGUGAGAGGGACCCUCCCUUGGCCCAACGCACAGCAGGACCAGUCCAGGCUCUUUCACCUACCUCCCCCAAGCAUAGGCCCACUCAGUGAGGAGAAGAAGGCCCCCAAAGAUACACCUCCACCCAGCACACUGGAGUCAGACCCACUGAUGGCCAUGCUGCUGAAGCUCCAGGAGUCGGCCAACUACAUAGAGUCUCCAGAGCGGGAAGGCUGUUUGGAUCCCACCCUGCAGGCCACACUCUGAGAAUAACAUGCGACUGACUGUCAGUCAAGCUAUGGAACUAUGGACUCUUUAUAACGACUGACACAGCGGGUGCAGUCCCAAUGAGACUUUAAAGACUCAAUAAUUAACUUAACUGUGUGCUCAGUGAGCAGCUACGAAGCUAAAUGUAAAGGAUCUAUAGAGAGAGUGAUUAUGGACGAAGGGUAUGCUCUGCCCUGCGACUAGAUUGACGAUGCUUUCAUAGGAAGCUGUGAUGAUCAUGUGGUGUCUCUUCUCUUCCCUCAAUUUGUUCCAGAUGGGUUGUUGUUGAAUCUGCAAGUGCAUGGUAACCGGAAUAGUAUGAUGCAAAAAUAUUACCUAUAAUCCUAUUGAUCAAGACCCAUUUUUUUCUUUUUCAUUUUGACUGCCACAACUUUCACCACAAACUAAUUGGUGCUUACUGAUGCUGGUUUUCUUUGAAGGCUUCAUUUCACAAAGAAAUUCAUCUCAGAAGUAACUGAUUUCCUCAAAAGUAGGAUCAUCGCUUGACGACAGCCAAAAAAUGCACUUUAUUUUCUACUUGUGGUAAUUGGAUUUAAGGAGGCUGUGUCAAUGUAUUAAACAGGAAUCAUGCAGUUCAUCGGUAAAUCCUCUAGAUGGCAGCAUCUACUCCUGCCUCAGUGCUCUCCUGGUGUGCUUUCUGACUUAUCAAAGGUGCUCGGUAGAAUAUAUCACACACUCUUUAACAGAGCUAUGAAAAUGGCCUUGAAUGUUUUUUUUCUUAUCAAUUCAGCCAUUGUGUCAUUCAUGGAUUGAAAUAUCAGAACUGUGAAGCUGUAAGAGUAACAUGCAUGGGUGAAUAAUGAAUCGGUUUAAGGGUCAGUCUGUAAAGAAAAUGUCAUCAUGGGUGGACUCAGUAGCCGCUGGUUUCCUCCAGUAAUAUACUGAUAUAACCACAGACAUUGACCCAGCUCAACAUACUGUAUUGUAAACACAGAAGAAAAAAAAAGCUUGUUUAUGUAGUCUGCCCAAACAGGCCUAACAUUUCUGGCUUUGCUUGCGUAUAUUCUGUAUUUAGUUUUAAAACACAAAAUUCUCUUGUGAUAGAUGAGGAUACAGCUUUGAAAAUCUUGAUUUUGUAGGAUUUUAUACUGAGUCAUCUUCAACGAUCAUCUGUAUACAGCAGCAAUCACCUAUGUAUACCUAACACGCCAAUAUCGCGUCACUGUUUCUAUCAUUUCUCAUUCAUCACCCCACAAGGGGAAGUGGAGAACAUGACUAAAAAAAACUGCCAUCAAGUGAUAAGAAUCUGUACAAAACAAAAAUAACCUUCCUCGUUGCAUUUGCUCCUUCUCACGCAUUGUUUUGAGAGUUACAGUAAGAGUAAGGGCUGGAGGUAAGAAAGGCUGAAACUCAUUUUUAAGUGGCUUCCUCCUGUUUCUUUCCUUUGUUUUUUUGCACAUAAUAUAUGUUAGAAUACUAGAUUACAGAGAGUAUUUAUUGCUCACAUCUCGACUGUUCUCGUGAGGAAGGAAGAAAAAGACAUGUAAGAGGAGGAAACUAGAGAUACUCUUAAACCUCUCAGCCCCGCUGUGCCCCUUUGACCCUGAAGUACCUCAGACUGCCAUUUUCUGUCCAGAUGUUCCUCUACUGUCCAAACAGGGUGCUGGUGUAAAGUAGAGACAUGAUGCCUAAGUCUUAUCUGUGCCUGAAACACAAUUUGGCCUAAAGCUGCUUUCCGGCUGCUUUAAUCUACCACACGGAGGCCUCAAUUUAGAGGAAACAUCAUCACUUCCUCUCACCUACUCUGAUGUCACUUUAAUGUGGAGGUGGAGCGGGUUAUCAAUUUUGACCUUUUUGGCUGGUAGUCAUGGAGAUGAGCUGUUUGUUAAGAUGCUGUGUGUGUCAGUUAACUCUGAUGAGAAUGUGUAUCAUGACUGGGCUGCUUGUGUGCAAUUUGACACAAUUUUGAAAUUAAGUGUGAAAGACAUCUUUGUGGAGUUGCCUGAGAGUUGGAAGCAGUGUAAGAACAGAUAUUAGCCUGGAGAUGUAAUAUCGAUGCAUGUAUCCCUGGCGUGUUCCCAAAGUUUUGUUUCAUCGGACCUACCACACUUAACCUUACCACGGGAGGGAUUUUUAUUAACUGGACAUCUUCCUCUAUUCAUGUUGUUAUUAUUAAGAUUUGUUUUUUUUCUUAUGCAAAUAUUUGUAAAGGUUACUGUCCUAUUUUGUACAUGACAUCACUAUUGUAAACACUGUAAAUAGUCAGUGCAUCUGCGACAACAAUCACUAAAACGUGUAGAGAUCUAAGAGAAGGCUUGGCCCCUGUAUGCAGAAAACGGGCGUCCUUGGUGGUUUUAUUGUCUUCCUCCAGUGGGAAGGAGCACUUGGCUUAAAAAAAGGGGCCUAAUAAUGGUUGUAUGGCAUGUCUCUAUAAACACAUCAAAUCCCAUAUGUCUAACAUUGAGCAAUGGACACAAUAAAGUCAUGCCAUUCUUCACAUCA